AUGGCGCACCUCUUCCGCGCGGGCGGCGCGUACAGCGCGUACCGCCCGACGUACCCAGCAGAGCUCUACGAGCGCGUGCUGGAGUUCGCUAGCCUCGCCGGCGCUGCCGCGGCCGCGGAGCGCCGCCUGGCCGUAGACAUUGCCACCGGCAGCGGGCAGGCGGCGCGCGAGCUGGCUGCGCGCUUCGAGCGCGUCAUCGCCAUCGACGGCAGCCCACAGCAGCUGGAGCAUGCCGCGCGUGACACGCCAAACAUCGAGUUCCGGCUCGCCGACGCGCACGCGACCGGCCUGCCCGCCGGCUGCGCCGACCUCGUCACCGUCGCCCAAGCCCUACACUGGUUCGACGCCCCCGCCUUUUACCGCGAGGCGCGCCGCGUCCUCUCCGCGCCCCGUGGCGCGCUGGCUGUCUGGUGCUACGGCCUGGCGACGGUGGAGGCGGAGGGGCACCCCGCGGACGCCGCUCUGAAAGACAUCUUUGGCGAGGAGCUCGGGCCGUACUGGGACGAGCGGCGGAAGCUGGUUGAUAAUAUGUACCGUGGCAUGGAGCCUGUGCAGGGCAGGGAUUUUGAAACGGUGGAGCGACAGCUGGUGGAGAUGCGCCACGAACUGAGCGUGGAGGGCCUGGGCGCCUCGAGCGACUCGCAGGUGACGCUGGUGACGCCGAUAGCGCUGCUGUUGGCCAAGGGGUCGAUCCCCUUGGCGGUGGAUGAUGCACACACAGACCCGUGA